AUGAUUUUGGUAAUUUUAUUAUUUGGUGUUGUUUCUGGAUCUUUAUUGAAAAAUGUUCCAAAACGAGAAAUGUUUGACGUCACAAUUGAUCGAAAUCACCCAGAAAAAGUUCUCAAAGAUUUUGAAGAUUUUAUAAUCAAGUAGGCUGAUCUCAAUUGCAUUGUAUAUAUACUUUUUGAAUUCAGGUAUCAGAGAAAUUACACAAGCGCUGCUGAAAAAUCAAGAAGAUUGGGUCAUUUCGCAAGAAAACACAACCGACUUCAAAAACUUCGUCAAAAUGCGAGUUUGGCUGGAACAAAUGUGACAUUUGGUUUGAAUCAUUUUGCAGAUUGGACAAGAGAAGAAUUUGAAGUGAGAUAAUAAAUAAAAUCUAAUUUGAUAACAAAUAAGUACAUUAUAAAAAUUCAGGGAAUGCUGUCUCAUGUUCCUCCACCAAGUGAAAAUGAGAAAUUACCGGAUUAUUCAAAAAUUCACAAUUCAACAAAUAUCAGGUCAAAACGAAGUUCGAUUCCAGAAAACUAUGAUUUGAGAGAAGCAACAAUUAAUGAUGCUCCACUAAUUGGUCGAAUCAAAAAUCAAGGUAAAUUUUUUAAACUGAAAACUGAUAAAUGAAAAAAAUUUACAAUUAAAGGAUCAUGUGGAUGUUGCUGGGCGUUCGCAGUAACUGCAUUAACGGAAACAGUAUACACUCUCAAAAACUAUAAACACAGAGUGAGUGAAAAGUUGGGAAAUUUUUGGAGAGCCUUUGAUUUUUGUAAAAAAAUUCCCUUUAAUUUAUGAAGUGGACACUUUUUACAAAAGUUCUAGGUUUGUUCCUAUGGCUUAAAAUAUAUUCAAACUUCUGAUAAAAUCUUUUACUUUUGAUAAUUCAUUCCAAAUUUUUGAAGAGUUUGUCUGAUCAAGAGAUCUGUGAUUGUGGAAUAAGUGGAAAAACACCUGGAUGUGUUGGAGGUGAUCCACAUUACGGUCUUCGAUAUGCUUCUCAACUUGGACAAACUGCACAAUCUGUUUAUCCAUAUGUUGAUGGAAGAGCAAAUAAAACAGGACAAUGUAGAUUGAAAAAAACAAAAAGAUACCUUGACGAAUAUGAUUUCAAGACUAAAAGUAUUAAUAAACGAGGAGCAGAGAAAAAAAUUAUGGAACAUUUGGUAGAUCAUAAUAUCCCAGUUGCUGUUUGUAAGUUAUUUAAAAAAAAAGAAAAAAAAACUGAAUUCAUGUCACAUUUCAGAUUUCCGAGUCGGAGAAGAUUUUGAAAAUUACGAAUCAGGAAUUCUUGAAUCACAAGGUUGCGAUAAAACAAAAGCACCAAUUUGGCAUUCUGGAGCAAUUGUUGGAUUCGGAACAAGUUAUCGAUCGAGUGGAAGAACUGUUAAAUAUUGGAUUUUGAGAAAUUCUUGGGAUGAUGAUUGGGGAGAGAAAGGAUAUAUUCGAGUUGUUCGAGGAAUUGAUUGGUGUGAUAUUGAAAAAGAUGCUGUAACUGCGGUUUUGAAUAAAAAAUCAUCGAGAUAUGAUUAUGAUUGA